GUGGAUGAGUUUGACGUGAGUGUACUUAAAUUAAAUAUUUGAAAUUUCCGGUGGAGCGCAGGGGAUAAUUUGUAUUUUACAUUUUAGCUCGAAAAGGCCGCCCAGGAAGAGAAGACUUGCCUCGACAAUGAAAAUGAGGAGGCCUUAUCGCUCCUCGCAGCACGUGAACAUGUGCUGGGUGACCCCUACACGGGAUCAGGAACAUGUCAACUGAACCUGUCCAACAUUGCAUGGCCUGAUGAUUGUCCUCCAGCGCUGCGCUGUUCUCAGAUGAGUUUCUCGAAUUUAGACGAUUUGAAGAAUAUUGUGCAAUCCGUGCUUGACAAGCCGUUGGAACCGUUGGACUUUGAGAAGAUCGUGGCACAGAAUCUCCACCUCUUCAAAGGCCAAGGAAUGAACAUUUCAGACCGUUGGAAGGAGUGCCUCGAGAACGAGACGGACUGUGCCAAAACGGACUUGAAGGGCGCACCCCUUCCCCCCGAAAAGCAGAAAGAGUCGUCCCUUCCGGGAGGCGCUGCGCCGCGCCCACAACAGACAUCUGCCGCCGAACGGGAAGAGGCUGACCUGACCACACCUGGAGAGGAACUCUUGUCCACGGCGUACGAUCCAGACGAGGAGGAGGAGGAGGAAGAAGAGGAAUAAAUUAAAUCGCCUAUCGUUAACUUAAUGUCUUAUCUUUACCUUAAAAAGUUUGUGCAAAAAAUGUGCAUCUGCUUAGAAAUCUUCGUGCAUGUAGUGUAACCUGAUGAUUUUCGGAUUAAAUUAGAGGAAUGUAAUGAAACGGAAAACAGUAAUGAAUAUUUGGGCUGAAUAUCCGAGAAAUUUAAUUAUUUUAACAACUAAAUAACUAUGUUUGAUGAUAAGAUGGUUAAAA